CGCCGGAGAAAAUAUUUCCUUCUCUCCGCACAGCGGGAUCGCUUCCGGGUCACUAGGCCCGGCCGACGUGGAAGGCGAGGGCUGCGGGGGAGGGGUCACGUUCCACCUGCUUCCAGAGAGGCAGGCGACGUGGGUGCGUGGUGGAGCGGCGUAAGCGCGCAGAGAUGCUGAACAAGCUCGCCGGAAGGCGGAAUGUCUCCCCACCGGUAUCCGGGUCAGGGGAAGGUGGCCUGGGUCGUAGUCCCGAGUUCACGACCAGCCCUCGCCCCGCCGCGCCCGCCACAGCCCUGGCCACCCCGUGAGGGCAGCCGUUAUGGUUCGCUCCUUUCACAGGCAGCCCAGCGGUGGCGCGAGCCAGGUCUCUGAUGUGCCAGCAGGGUCAGUGCUCAGGCCCCGCCCCGCCUGCCGCGGCCGCUCUCUCUUACCACCGUAACCAGCGAAUUCGCCUGUGCAGCCCUUUGCAUAAAGCGUCACAGGUGCCCCUGGGCAGGAGAUGGCAGCUGGGCCUGGCCCAGUAGAGCUGCCUCAGUCAGUCUGUCCCACGGUACCAGUGCAGCUAUCAGCGCCUCCCGCUAGCCGUGCUCUGAAGUGGCCCAGCAACGGCCCACAGUGACCUCACCCUGCUGGGUCACUGCUGGCCUUGUAGUGGUUUCACACCUACGUGUCAGCCCUGCACCACAGCACACUGACCUCGCACCGAAAGGGCUUCGCUGCACCACCAUGAGCAUGCAGUGUCUAGAGGUCGCCACUCUGCGCACAACAUGGUACAGUCACAUAAGAACGUACGGACUGUAUUACACGUUCUGAUACCCUUUCCUCAAGAGCUCAUCGCCUUGCAACACUGCUGUUGCCACCUGCUCUGAUUACUGUAACUGAGAGCACAGGGAUCUGCCAGCUUGCAGGAUUGGGGACCAAGUUUAUUUUAAGGUUGGCUCUUGUGAGGCUCUGGGAGUUUGAAAGUGAUUUGGAGAGAGCAGAGUCUGUGUCGGAUGGAUGCUGAACUGGAGCCAGCCUGUGUUGUGCAGCAGGCCCACUGUCCAGGGAUGAAGUGCCCUCCUUCAGAAGACUUUCCUCCCCAGAUAGGGCUGUCUGAUAAGAUCCCACCGAUAAAGCCUUGCUUCAAGAAGCAGCAGCAAGUGCAGAAGAGGCUGGACACACAAACUCUCAGGGCUUUGCGGCCAAUCUUCACCAGUUUGCUGGGAGCUGGGAGCCUGGAUGGGGUCUUUGUGCACAGAGGCCAAAGUGGAGGUCAUAGCAAUUUAUGUGAACCCGGUGUGAAAAAGGCCCUAGGACUCAGUGCCCCCUGUCCCCAGCCGGGCAGCAAUGUGGCUGUGCUGAUGCCAGGAACUUCAGAUGUGCAAGGUCAAAUUCCAGAGACUCAUGCCCCUCCUGGUCACCCUGAGCAGGAGAUUCAGUCUGAGGUUAAGGGCUUCCCAUCAGAAACCAAUCCUGGGACUGCUGCUGAUUCCACUAAUGAAUCAUUCCAGCAUCACCCCUUUCACUCAGUCUCAAGUGAUGCUGCAGCCUGUCCAGUGUGCCCAGACAAGAUACUGGAAGACUACACAUCUGGAUUAUUCCAGGAGAAUAGCUGCUUGAUGCAGUACAAUUUGAACCCAAACGAUGAAUUCAAUGCUGGGCUCUUUCAGGACAAAAGUGAGGAGGCUUCACUUGAUCUUGUGUUUGAACUUUUGAACCAGCUGCAAUAUCACACCCACCAGGAGGAUGGGAUAGAGAUCUGUGUGGAUUUUCUGCAGGGCAGUUGUAUUUAUGGCAGUGACUGUCCCAAGCAUCAUACUGUGUUGCCAUAUCACUGGCAAAUCAGGAGGACUGCUACUCAGACCUGGCAAAGUGUGACCAAUGACUCUCAAGAGCAUCUGGAAAGACUCUACUGCAACCCAGACAAUGACAGGAUCAAAGUGAGGUACCGGGGACAUGAGUUUUUGGUAGAUCUGAAUGUUAUGAACUUGUAUGAAACCAUUGAGUUUGACCAAAUGCGGAGGCUGUCCACACCAUCCUGCACCAGUUCCAAUUCCAACUACUACACAAUCUGGAAAUACUUCUGCAGGGACCAUUUUGGCUGGAGAGAGUACUCAGAGCCUGUUGUACGAUUGAUAGAAGAAGCCAACUGUCGGGGUCUGAAAGAGGUCCGGUUUGUUACUUGGCACAAUCAGUAUAUCUUGAACAUCAAAGAUGGCUUCCAACAAAAUGCAUGUUUCCGAAGAGAAAUCAAGAGGAGACCCCUUCUUCGCUCAUGUAUUGUGCUGAUGCCAUUCUUACAGACUCUGGGUGGCAAUCCUCCAAUACCUUCUACAUCAGCUGAACCAGCCUCUUCACAAGUCUUAUCUCCGACUGCUAUUACCUCUCCAAACCUUUAUCCUGAAACUUGGAUUAGUAUGGAUCCAGCUCAGGACUUCAUCCAAGUGCCUGUUUCUAAAGAAGAUAAAAGCUACAGAACCAUUUACAAUCUGUUUCACAAGACUGUGCCAGAGACCAAAUAUAGAAUUUUGAAAAUACAAAGAGUGCAAAACCAGUUUCUCUGGGAGAAAUAUAAAAGGAAAAGGGAAUAUAUGUCUAAAAAAAUGACAGGGCUUGACAGAAUAAUGAAUGAAAGGCACCUGUUCCAUGGUACCUCCCAGGAUGUAGUGGAUGGAAUCUGCAAGCACAACUUUGAUCCACGAGUCUGUGGGAAGCAUGCCACCAUGUUUGGACAAGGCAGCUACUUUGCCAGGAAGGCGAGCUACUCUCAUAACUUUUCCAAAAGGUCACCCAAAGGAGUUCAUUACAUGUUUUUGGCAAAAGUACUGACAGGAAGAUACACAGUGGGCAAUCAUACUAUGAGAAGACCGCCACCUGUGAACCCUGGCAGCAUCACCAGUGACCUUUAUGACUCUUGUGUGGACAAUUACUUUGAACCUCAGAUCUUUGUCAUUUUUAACGAUGACCAGAGCUACCCUUAUUUUGUUCUUCAGUAUGAAGAAGUUAGUAACACUGUCUCCAUUUGAAAAUCCUCCAUGCUGCUAAAUUAUUAAUGAUAAUGAACUUUUAUCUGACAUUUUGUAGUAGUUUUUGUGAAAAAAUAUGGACUUUGCAGAACUGAUUAAAGUUAGUGGCUUGGAAGAGGGCUUAAAAAAUAAAGAAGAAGAAAUCCUGACGUGACAAGUUGUGCACUUGCUGUUUCAUUAUGUAUGUGCAAAUUGUAAAUAUUUUCCCAUCCUUUUGUUAUAAAACCUUGUUUAUUUAUGUUAGUAAAUAUUCAU